AUGGGCGCUGCUUCGUCCUCUUUGGACACAAAUAGUCCGUCUCCACCUGCAAAGGCGCUCCAUGUGCUUCGUGUUGCACCAGACUCGCCAGCAGACUAUGUGAUUGAGCCGUUCUUUGAUUUCGUGGUCGGCAUUGACAAUGGCAAUCUAUCAUCUACCAAUACUAUGCAGAACAUCGAUGCGGCCACUCUAGGCAAACUCGUGGAACAACAUGAGGGCAAGGAGUUGCCAUUGGUCAUAUGGAGUGCCAAGUAUAGACAAUUUCGAGUUGUACCAGUUACUCCAUCGCGUUCCUGGACAAAAGACGCACCUUCUCUCCUUGGUCUCAGCAUGAGGUUAUGUACACCAGAGUAUGCUCUGGAAAAUGUCUGGCACAUUCUCGAAGUUCUCGAGAAUUCGCCUGCUGAAAGCGCAGGGCUUGUGCCGUACGGAGACUGGAUCAUCGGUUGGAGUGGUGGUGCAUUGUCAGGAGAAAAUGCUUUCUACGAGCUUGUAGAAGCGCAUAUUGACAAGCCGCUGCGAGCAACCGUCUAUUCGUACGACUUUGAUACCAUACGAGAGGUAGUAUUGGUUCCAAAUCGCAAGUGGGGAGGCGAGGGCUUGCUUGGCUGUGGGGUCGGUUACGGACUUCUACAUCGGAUACCUCCCCAGCCAGUCAACUCGGAAGCAAUGGACACGAUCCUCAAGCAGAAUAUACCCUACGACGAACAAGAUCCAUUCGACGAGAAGCGACCGCAUGCCAACGAGUCAACGACUCUCUUCAUACCCGCGGACGACGACAACUUUGAAUUUGGAGGCGUGUCGGGUCAACCAAAGGGAUUUGACGAGGAUACACACCCUUCGGCAUCGUCGGAGAACUUUGAUGAGACACCGGUUGCCCAUUGGCAUGCGGUAAACGACCCACCGAAACGAUCAGACGAGACACACCGCGGGCAUACUGGGGGAUCACACUCUUAUGGAGACCAUCAUGGGCAUUCGCACGAUCACGGACAACACUCCCAUAGCCACGACCACUCGCACUCUCAUUCUCCUUCACCACAGCCUCCAACGAAAGCGAAACCACGGGCUCCAAUGGACCGGAGAAGUGACAGUAUAUCCAGCCUAAAGUCGGAAUCAACUUCGGCGACCACACCACCACCACGUGCGUCGACACCUACCCAAUCCGGCAUUCCAUUGAGCCACUCUCUACGAAACAGCCUCAACGGUAGUUUCAAUGGUAUCGCAAAACCUGAACCAUUAAGAAAACUGGGCUCUCCACCAGCCUCUGCGACAUCGCCACGAGCUCGAAUGCGAGGUGGAAUUGUUCACUCUCCUGCCAACUCUGGACGUGGUACACCGACACGAGUGAAAUCGCCAGAGGCUUCGGCACCACCAGGGAUUCACACUGGUACAAGGCAUGACGAUGACGACGAAGGGAGCGAUAGUACGAGCAGGGUACCAGGAAGUCCUGGUGGGAGCAUCACCAGUGUGGAUUAA